AUGGAGAUGCCUUGUGAACAGCCGGCGGUCAAGCUCAUCGGCUGGCUCAGCCCGUACGUGCACCGCGCCGAGGUGGCGCUGCGCCUCAAGGGCGUCCCCUACGACCUCCUCCACGACGACAUGGCCAGCAAGAGCGACCUGCUGCUCGCCCACAACCCCGUCCACAAGAAGGUCCCCGUCCUCCUCCACGGCCACCGCUCCAUCGCCGAAUCUCUCGUCAUCGUCGAGUACGUCGACGAGGCCUUCCCCGCCGGCCCGCCGCUGCUCCCCUCUGACCCGCUCGCCCGCGCCAACGCCCGCUUCUGGGCCCGCUUCCUCGACGACAAGUGCUGGAAGGCCCUGUGGGUGGCGCUCUGGGCGGAGCCCGGCGAGGCGCAGGCGGCGGCGGCGAGGGAGGCCAAGGAGGGCCUGGCGCUGCUGGAGGCGCAGCUGCCGGAGGGGAAGCGCUUCUUCGGCGGCGACGCCAUCGGCCUCCUCGAUAUCGCCGCCAGCGGGCUGGCACGGUGGCUGGGGGUGUUCGAGGAGAUGGCCGGGGUGCGGCUGCUCACCGAGGAGGAGCACCCGGCGCUGUGCCGGUGGGCGAGGGCGUACGCGGCGGACCAGACCGCGCAGCAGUGCCUGCCCGACAGGGACCUCGUGCUCGCCGUCCUGACGCCCAGGAGGGACAUGUUCGUGUCCACGGCCAAGGCCAUGGCCGCGCACAAGUAG